GUCUUUAUAGAAUCGAGACAGCUUUAAAAGUAAUCCAAACCAUUACUUAAUAACAUUUAUCAAUAAAUUCAACUAAGCGAGAAAAACGCGGACAAAGUCAGGUGUGCUGACGGUGUUGGUCGUCACCUGUCCCGGUUGCUAAUACAGUUACUAACGACAACAAUAAAUGCUAUAAUUGCAUUACACAACUCCAAGCAGGAAAAGUUACUAUGGCCGAGAAAAAUGAGUGGAUAUACGAUGAGUUACUGGAAUUUCUGGGCAAUCCCUUGUUUCAAAUCCCGGUGGUCACAUUUCUAGAAGCUCAUUGUCUCGUGUUUGGAUCUUCAGCAGAAGAUAAUCCAGAAUACAGGAAAAUAUUUACAGAGUAUCAACAACUGAUAGCUUCACUGUUAGAAGGCUUCCGAGCUGAUUCAGGGUUGUCUCACAAUGAUAUCAUGACAGCACUUACAAGACUGCACAGCAAGGAGGACAUACGUGUAAUAUUUCAGGGUUUACUGGAACAAGUGUUGGCCAGUGAAAAUUAUGACAUCUUCAUACAACUGAUGGUGCAAAAGAACCUGGAGCUGCAGCAACAGGCCAUUCUACUGAUUUUCCAAUCCAUUGACUGUAUUCCAAGUGCAUUGCUCUCUGUUGAGGUGGGCAAGGAGAGCACUAUGCCAAAAGAUGAACUUCCAAUCAUGGAAGCUGUUAUUAGUGAAACCAAGAAAAACAAUGAUCUACUGAGUGAGUGCAAUUUGAAGAUUAAAGAUAUUUUGUCUAUGACUGAGGAUGAAGCAGUGCUGUUGGCUGAAGAGAAAAACAGAAAGAGGGAAGAAUUGCAGCAGGCAAUGAUGAAUCUGACGACUGAUGCUAAAAGUGAUGAAGAUUCUGAAGAUGUGGAUACUGAAGAACAAGAUGUAGAAACUUCUAAACAAAUAAAGAAAUCCACUCAUAAAACUGUUUCAUUUACAAACACAACUGAUGAAAGUUCUGUUGAGGAUGCCAUCUCUGUGUCUUCUGUGGACAGUGAUAAAUCCUUAUCUGCUUUUACAACUAAACUGAAUCCAGAAAAUUUGAAAAAGAGACAAGAAUUUCUACGUCAACAAAGAGACAAACUAAUUGAAAUGAAGAAGAAUGAACGGCAAAAGCAACUGAUGAAGGCAGAGAAAGAUCAGCCACAACGACCAAAAUCUGCUCGAAUUGCCCGCUCUCUGCUAACCCAGAAGCCAGAUAAAGUCUCACAAGAGUCAAAUACUGUGAAGAAUGAAGCUAUAGCAAUGAGGCAGGCAAUUGCUAAUCGAAUCAAAUUGGAAGUGAUGUCAAAGAAAUGAAGGAACUUUGAACCUGAUGGAUGAUAGAAUCUAUCUAAGGAGGGGUUCCCAGCUCUAAUUACAGUUAUUUCCAUGCUCCUACUUAAUAAUCCAUGUAAUUCUAAAAGAGAGUAAGAUAUUCAUAGAGUAAUAGACACAACACAUUUAUAAUUCUUUGAUUUCCACUCUUACACAUUUUCACACAUACCCCCUGCACACACACACACACACACACACACACACACCACACACACACACACACACAUGCAUGCAUGCGCACAUAUACACUCAUCAUAUACUCUAAAAUUUAUAUUCUCCCUUGCAUCCUAGUCAUGUUAUCCUCCUUCAGUUAUUUGAGUCUGUAUGAAAAUAAGUUGUAGAGAAAAAAAUUUGAUAUUUCACCCAAAACAAGAGUGAAAGAAUGCAGUACAUUUCUAUGUAGCAUAAACAACUCUCCACACCACCCAACUUACUCAUUAUU